AUGGGUAUCCUUUCUUUUGAAUUUAGCACUGAGCAAUUUCGAGAAAUUCAAUUUCCUGAUGGAGCACCAGACACUGAAGGAGAAUAUGGUAUGCAGAAACUCAUUGUCUUGGACAAUUCACUUGCCUUGAUGUGGUAUAACAUUACAGGGAGUCAAAUUUCGGAUCAGCAUUUCGACAUAUGGGUGAUGAUGGAGUACGGUGUGCAGGAGUCUUGGGUUAAAAAGUUUUCCAUAGGACCACUCUCAGGAAUCGACUGCCCGUUAUCUUCGUGGAACAGUAAUAAACUGCUUUGGGAAAUGAGCAAUGGACAGUUGGCUUCAUGUCCUGUCCUAGGUGAUAAUCGAGGAAGUCUUACAAAAUACAACAUUCAUGGGUCUCCAACCACCUUGCAAGCUGAUAUUUAUCAUGAAAGUUUGGUUGCUCUCGGUGAACUAUGCGGUCGUCGAAUGAACUGA